CAGUCACAGCCCGCACCCGGUCAAACGAAGCGACAGUACUUAGCUUGACGGAGAGCAUCUCCGCAGUCCGCAGCCAUGGCCACCUUUGCGCGCCACCGCGUCCUCCUCUGCCGCCUCGCCGCGGCGCUCCUCCUCGCUCCGGUGGCGGCGGCCCAGCCGUGGCAGUUCUGCGGGCAGGGCGGCAACUACUCGGCGAACGGCACCUACCAGUCCAACCUCGCCGGGCUCUCCGCCACCCUCCCCAAGAACGCCUCCGCGUCCCGGACGCUCUUCGCCAAGGACAGCCUCGGCGCCGUCCCGGACAUCGUCUACGCGCUCGCGCUCUGCCGCGGCGACGUCGCCAACGCCACCGCCUGCGAGUCCUGCGUCGCCACGGCGUUCCAGGACGCGCAGCAGCUGUGCCCCUACGACAAGGACGCGUUCAUCGUCUACGACCUCUGCUACCUCGCCUUCUCCAACAGGAACAUCCUCGCCGCCGCCGCCGACGACGACGGGAGCCCCAGGUUCCUGAUGAACACGCAGAACGCGAGCGCGCCGGCGGAGGUGUUCGACGCCGCCGUCGCCACCCUCCUCAACGCCACCAGCAGCUACGCGGCGGAGAACUCGUCCAGGCGGUUCGCCACGGGGGAGGAGGCCUUCGAUGCCGCCGCCGCUACUCCGACCAUCUACGGGCUGUCCCAGUGCACGCCGGACAUGUCGCCGGACGACUGCCGGAGCUGCCUCGGGCGCAUAAUCGCGCUGAUCCCUCGGUACCUCAGCCGGAGGAAGGGCGGGAGGGCUAUCGGGAUGCGCUGCAAUUUCAGGUACGAGGUGGGUCCUUUCUUCGCCGGAGGCUCGAUGCUGCGGCUCCCGGCGCCGGCGAACUCGACGCCGACGGCGCCAACCGGAGGAAGAAAGAAAAAUAAAAGUGGCACAGCUCUAGCCAUUGCAUUGCCCCUAGUUGUUAUAUUGUUGGCUACGGUUGUCAUUUGUCUUUCUGUUCAGAGGUGGAGAAAAAGAUCAAGGUCAAAACAGCAAUCUUCAUAUUCAAUUCAAAUGGCGGAGGACAUUGAAAGCACGGAUUCACUUUUUAUCGAUCUAUCAACACUGCGUGCUGCAACGGGUAACUUUUCUGAGAGCAAUAGGAUUGGUGAAGGAGGAUUUGGUUCAGUUUAUAAGGGCGUCCUUCCUAGUGGUGAAGAGAUAGCUGUAAAGAGGCUCUCUAUGAGUUCAGGACAAGGAAUAGAAGAGCUAAAAAAUGAGCUUGUUUUGGUUGCUAAACUUCAGCAGAAGAAUCUUGUUAGGCUUGUUGGUGUCUGCUUGCAAGAACAUGAGAAAUUGCUUGUGUAUGAAUACAUGCCCAAUAGAAGUAUCGACACCAUUCUAUUUGAUCUUGAGAAAAGGAAGGAGUUAGACUGGGGAAAAAGAUUUAGGAUAAUAAAUGGAAUUGCUCGCGCAUUACAGUAUCUUCAUGAAGAUUCUCAACUGAGAAUAAUUCACCGAGACCUCAAAGCAAGCAAUGUUUUAUUAGACUCCGAUUAUAACCCUAAGAUUUCAGACUUUGGCUUGGCAAGACUAUUUGAGGGUGAUCAAACAAGGGAAGUCACAAGCCGUGUGGUAGGAACAUAUGGAUAUAUGGCACCAGAGUACGCGAUGCGUGGCCACUAUUCUGUAAAAUCAGACGUCUUUAGCUUUGGCAUAUUGAUGAUAGAAAUUGUGACAGGAAGAAGAAGCAGUGGUUCAUAUAGCUUUGAUCAAUCAUAUGAUCUCCUAAGCCGUGUAUGGGAGCACUGGACCAUGGGAACAAUUUUGGAGAUGAUGGAUCCCUCUCUUACAAGCCAUGCUCCUCGAGACCAGAUGCUCAAGUGUAUUCACAUUGGGCUACUGUGUGUUCAAGAUAACCCAGCAGAUCGACCUAUGAUGUCAACAGUGAAUAUCAUGCUUAGCAGCAACACAGUGUCUCUUCAAUCCCCAUCCAAGCCAUCAUUUUUCAUUCCCAAGAGUGGUACAGACUCAAAUAUAUACUCGGAAUCAUACCCACAAACUUCCCAACCGACCCAUAGGUCUGGGAUGAUGUCAGUUAAUGAUGUGUCUGUUACAGAGCUUGAACCAAGAUAAAUAAAUCAAUUUUCUGAAUGAAAGAUAGGAAAAUCAAUUGCAAGGACAAUCAGAUUGCUAUCUGUCAAACUUACAGGGAGAAAGCCUUCGAUAAUUUGUAUUACUGAAUUCUGAAUGCAUUUCUCCAUUGAUUGAGUCAAUAUAUUAUGUUUUAGUUUAUUCGUUAAUUGUUAGUACACGUCACAUUUGUUUACGAUUUGGAAAAGGGCUAUUCAUCAAGUGACAGAAAUUUCAAUGCCUCCCACUUUUCUUAUCCUUUGGAUGAGAUCUAACUAUGCUCAUCAUUCCCACAACUUUUCUCAUUGUUUCUUUUUAUACAGGUUGAACAAAUUAAUCUAACCAUACAAUAAAUUUCAAAAUGACGAACCUAUACAAAAAUGUAAAUACAGAAUACUGAGGUAACGUAAACCCAAGUACAUAAACAAAAUUGCAGUGAAGUUUAACUAAAAUUAGCCUUGCAAUUUUUGGUGACUACAAGAUAAUAAAACUUCAAGCAACCAAAAUUUAGCAAAACCUUGUCAACAAAAACUUUACCCUUUUCUCCAUGCGCUUCUAUUAAAAAGAGCAAUUUUACAGUGCUUGAGGAGGUUCCAUGAGUUACCAAAAAUUUAAUGUAAAAUUUGGUACCUCAUAUUACCUAGGUAACAAAUUUACAAUAGAAAAAGUAAAACCUCAUGUAAUCUCUUCAAGGACCGUAAAAUUACUCUCUAUUACAAAAGUUUACAAAUAUUUUGAAAUCACUGGUUUGUAGCACAGGAACUCAGGCUCCAUGGAGCCACUGAACCACAAGUUUUCAGUAUAUUUUGCUGUCUUUGAUUCUUUUGGUAAUCAGUCUGGUACAUUGCGUUAUAUACUUAUGAAAGCCUAACCUAACCUGGCAAAGAAUGCUUCAGCGGAAUGGCAGAUCCCACACAGCGAGCACAGUUUCACCGUUGCACACUUCUACAGUUACUUGCCUUGCACCGACGCCGCCGUCGACGUA